UUUCUCUAUUGAUAACAACAUAGUAUUAAAUUUAGAAUUCAAAAGUUGGCUACUUGACCAACUAUAUCACAUAUUUAGCAUAGUUCCCAGUUUCAGUUCUGAUCUUCAUUAGCAGCCAGCUUUGGUUUUUGGAUACUCAUGGAUGAUGUAGUGUUAAUUAUGACAAAAGUUAUGAUAAUCUGUAGUUUAUCCAGCUAUUUCCAUUAAAGUAAUUGUUUGCUUGAUACACAAUAAUGAAUAGGUAAAACAAUUAAAUCUAAUUGAGAAAUAGCCUAUACUUGGUUUGUCAGUCAGAUGGCUGUGGUGGUGUCAUUUUGCUUGCUACUCUGGAAAUAUGGGAUUGAGUCCAGGCUACAACUGCUUGAAUUUUCCAUGAUUGCUGGUGAUCUCUGGGAUUUUGACUAAGGUUGAGGCAGCUACCUCCUCAGAAUUCCAUGUGUGGCAGCCAUUGACCCAUUUGGAGAGACCACAACUGCCCUAUAUAUAUUUGGGUGGUGUGAGUACUGGAUAGGUCAGUCCUCAACUCUCAGCUACCAGUCAACCCAAGCACAAUGGGCCUUUCGAGCCUAAGUGCUGGGUGAUUUCUUCUACACAGUCUACAAUACAUGGCUUAAUAGUAAUUAAAGUGUCUUUGUUUACGGAAACGCAACACGUGGGACAGAAUGAAGAUGCCUCCCAGGACUACUUACCAUGGGAAUCUGACCCCUAUUUAAGUGUCACAGACGUGAAGAAAACCCGAAAAACUCCACGUGGCCACCCACGACCGAACUCCUAGUGUUCGGGGAACAGAACAGCUUUGCCACUGGUGGGUCCUGUGAUCUAAAUGAGAUGUCAGGUAUCAUCGACGAAAAGUUUCGCUUCACCGUUUCUAUAAUGCUCUAUAUCUGAACGAAGUCGCUCAGAUACUUCACCAAUAAGUCGGGAAUUAUUUUAAAAAUUAAUCAAGCGCCGUCUUUAACCCGAAACAUUUCGAAGAUAUAAAAGAGAAGAAAAUUCACGACGAAAUAAAUCGUAAGGACGAAUUUAAAUCGUCGAUAGAUAUUUAAAAAAAAGCCGAAAAACUAUAUCCUAAAAAAAAAGGGAAAAAAAUAGAGUAAAGGAAUAAGCAGUUAAAGAUCCGGAUUUUUUGAACAGUUACCAAUCAGCAAACUGGUGAUGACCAUUUUCUCAAUACAUUUUCUGUAAACGUUUAACGUAGAUUUAAUCCGUUUUAAAAUCUAUUUAUCGAAUGUAUCGUCUAUCAGAUUUAUUACGGCUUAAUAAUAAAUGGUAAAAUUGAUCGAUUUGUUCAACUAUUUCGCUUUACUUUUCUCAAACAGCCACUCCUGCCUUAUGACGUCGGUCGCGUCACGUGACCGCCAUACCAUCUUCCCAUUGGCGACGUAACAUCGGUGAAUUAUAAACUUGGUGGAAUAAGUCGGCCAUUUCUAUAUUCUCUAACUUUAACAUUAAUUGUAAAAAACCAGAAGAUAUUAUCGGAAGUUGAUACGAGAUUCGUGAGAACAUCCGCUGAGACUGUUAUGUAUACGACAGCUAGUAAGUAGUCUUCGAAAUAUCUUACCAGAAAAGCGGUUGUUACCACGGUUUCUGUACCAAGUCGAACCAACAUGGCGACGUCUGGGGAGACGAGGAACGAAAGCUUCUGUUGCGGUACAUGUUACACGUAUUACAACCGAAUCGAAGAUGCUGUUAACUGCAGGUGUGCUUCACAAGGAACACAGCAUGGUACAGCCACAGUUGUAGUAUCAUCACAAUCAUUGUUAGCUGAUGAUCACAUUAGAAAUGAUGGUGCUGCUAACUUUGAUCUAACAGAAAACAGAGUAUUCUACCUUCCUUCAUCUGACAACACUUCUAGAUCAUCUCAGAAACAUGCUGUAAAUGGGAAUUGGGCAGCCAAGGAUUCAGAAAGUUACCAAUCCAUUCAAAAUAGAGCUGUAAAUGUAGUAUUUAAGCUUCAGUCACCACCAGCUGGUCAAGGCAAUACAUCUCAAGGUAUGCAAAAUGGUUUAACAAGUGGGCAUACAGCUACGACGACUGCAUCAGGUUCUCUCAUUUCUACAUCACAAAAUAUUCCAAUUACAGUCACACCUGAUUUUCCUCUUACUGACAGUUGCAAUAAUAAUAACUGGAAUGGUGCUUCUACAGCGACAGGAACUUGUAGCAUGGGUAGUACUACGGGCAGUGAUUUAGACUCUUCAAAACAAUCAUCAAACUUUGCAUGGAAUUCUCGUUCUGUUAAACUGUUAAUAACCUUAUUUGGUGAGCACAAAAUUGACUUUUAUGAUAGUAAUAAAAAGAAGAAAGGUGUGUGGGCUCAAAUUUCACAGCAGAUGCGAGAAAAAGGUUAUCCUGUUACUGCUGAUGCUUGUGACACAAAGUGGAGAAACAUGCUAAAAACAUUUAGGAAAACGUCUGAGCACAAUAAACAGGCUGGGAAAAAAGUUAGGAAAAGUCCAUUCUACGACGAGAUGAUGGAAGCACUUCGCAAUACACCAGGGGCAGAAUCUUCUGGUGUACUUGACACGAACAGAUUAAAGACACGUCCAGAUGAAACAGAAUCUGAACAGCAGAGACCAAAAAAGAAAAGAACUAAUGAACUCAUUACUUGGUUAGAUACUAAGAAGAAAGAACAACAAAAACAAGAAAAGGAAAAAAUGCAAAUUUUAAUGCAAAUGCAUAAAGAAAAAAUGGAACUCAUGAGUGCCUUAAUUCAAGUGUUAAAAGAUAAAAAGGAAAGUCAGUAACAUUGUGAAUAAUGUAUCUGUGUGUAUUUGAAUGUGUUUGUACAAAGUUAUACAAGUUGCGGAAUUUCAUACAGACUUUUCUUGAAACAAAACAUUAUUCAUUUCGCCAAAUGAAAUGAUUAAAUUUAUUUUGUAGGAUACUGCUGGUGCUGUAAAUACUAUUAAUAGACAAAUUAUCGUCAUAUUAUGCACGUCAUAAGUUGCCCUCCAGAACUUGUCCAUCCACUGAACUAUUAUUCAUCAUUGUCAUCACAUGUAGAAUAACAAGGAAUGCAUGUUUAAAAUCUUAAGUUGAUAACAGUGAAAGUUUACAUAUUGUGUUUGUAGCAGUUUGCUUAAAAUAACUUCUCAUAGAUGCACAUGUAAUCAGGUGUUAAGAGUGCAUAUCAAAGCACAGAAUGUUUUAAAGUUAUUUUAGUUAUCAAUUUAUAAGAUAAACAUGGUUUUUGUUAAUGGCUGCUUUGAAUUCUCAUCAUGUGAAGUACUUUUUUGUAAAUAGGUUCAUUGCAUUCAAUUCAUAUACCAUUAAAAGAUGCAGAAAAUGGAGUGUUAUCUGCAUCUAUAAGGAUGCAGUAAUGACAAAGCAGAUGUAAAUAAAAUUUUGCAGAAGA